UUUUUCUCUAUCGCCUACAUACUUUCUAUUGCCUACUGCUAUAGUCUAAGCGCUGUGCAUUCAUAACGUUCUAGUGUUCAAACACGCAUCGUAGUUACUUCUCGCCUUAUUUUUUAAUAUGCGUGAUUGUUAACGUCGAUCUGAGGCUUUGUCAAUAAACCACGAAAAAAAUGUAGUGAAAUCCAAGAAUGAAUAUAUCGCAAAAUAUAAAGAUGGUAAAAGAUAUACUUGUCAUAUCUUAGCACAUCAUGGUUGGAGAUGUUGCAAAAAUUGUGUUGCAACGUACAUUGACAUUAGUACUUCAGGAUGUAUCUAAAGCCCAGAACAAGAUAAGAUAUUUUUUGUCUUAAUGUGAAAUAUAUUUGUGUAUUUUAUAAAUUAUAAAUUGAAUAAAUAUAUUUUUUUCAGAAAACAAUGUGAUAAAAGCAACAGAAGAUACUGUCAUUCUUGAUCUUUCUGAAAAAAACGAUGGAAAUGAACCCACCAAUGUGAUGAAAGAUAACAAUGACCAUAUUAAGACAUGUGAAUUAGAUACAGAUAUAUGUGAACAAAUGGAGAGUGAAAUAAAUACAGAGGCAUAUAUACAAAUGGAAUGUGAUAGAGAAAAAUCAAAUGAAGAAAACGAUAUGAUAAAGGCAACAGAAUAUACUAUCAUUCCUGAUGUUACUGAUAAAAAUGAUGAAAACGAACCCACUAACAUGAUGAAAGAUAAGAAUAAUCAUACUGAGACAUGUGAAUUAGAUACAGAGAAUUGUGAACAAUUGGAGAGUGAAAUAUAUACAAAAAUAUGUAGACAAAUGGAAAGUGAUAGAGAAAAAUCAAAUGAAGGAAUUUACAAUUAUUACUGGAAUGACAAUGUGUUUGAGAUAUAUGAAGAUGAUAAUAUAUAUGAACGCACUUCUACUGAAAGAAUAGCUACAGUUAAUACAAUUACUGAACAUUCUGAUGAUAGUCAUAUGUCCACUGGAGAAUGCAUCACUAGUAAUAACAGUGUGCAAGACAAUUUAGAAAAGGAUACUUCUUAUAUACUAUCGAACACUUCAUCUGAUAGAAGUUUAGCUGAACCUACAAUAAAUAAAGAAUCAAAUUCUAUUGUUGAAAAAACUAAUAAUUCCACAAAUACAUCUGGCGGAUUGGAUGUAUCCAUGUUUAUAAAUGUAUCAGGAAAAGGUGCCCGAGAUGACACCGAAAUGUUUGUUUUGCCUCUGGAUGCGGGAAAAAGAAAACAUUUUUAUGUACUGCAAUACAUUCCAAUGUAAAAUAGUUCGUCAUUUGGAACGAAUACACGGUAAUGAAUUAGAGUGACAAAAUACAUUUAAGUCACUACAGACAACUUGUUAUUGAGAAAGAAAUAUUGGAAGUAUCACAAUAUUUGGAAGCAGCACAAGGGAACAGCGAAGACAAUGAUAGUGACUAUUCGGAUUCUACGAUCUUUGAUAAUGAAAACACAAACCAAAAGACAUACAGCGAUGAG